ACCACCAGGGCUCCUCAUUGUGGAUAUAGGGGUCAUCCAAACAGGCAUGGUCCCUGCCUUUCUGGAGCUUUUAUCUUUAGUGGGAAAGGCAGAUGUUAUGCUUAAACAAAAAAUAGUUAUAAAAACUUAAACUGUGAUAAGUUCAAUGACGGAGAAUAUAAGAUGCUCUGGGAAAGCAUAAUAAAAGAUCCUGGUUUCAACUGGGUCAUAAUGAAGACCACUGCUAGGAAAUAACAUUUAAACUGAGACUAAUAAGAUUUGUAGGAAUUAGCAAAGCUAAGUAGAACUGCCCCAGCUGAUCCCCAGCCCUUUCUCCCUCAGAGCUGCUGGUGAAUUCAAACUGCCUCCGACCUUUUAGUUAGAAGCCCACCUCUUAACCACUGUGCCACCAGGGAUCCUCUUGAAGCAAAGGGAAGGAGGGGAAAAGAAGCUUUCUUGGGAGAGGAACAGCCUACAUGGAAGGCCCUGAGGCACAAAAGAGCUUGACUGAAGACGACAUUGAAAGCCAGUGUAAUACUGAGAGAGAGGGAGAGGGCAUGAGAAAGAACCUCAUAUACCAUGCAAAGGAUUUGGUAUUCUUUUUCAAGGGCAAUGAGACUCUACUGUGAAGUUUUGAGCUGGGGAAUGGUAUGAUCCAAUUAACACUGUAAGACGAUCACUUUGGCUGAAUGUAUCCAAGAGGGUUUUGCUGGCUUAUGAAGCAGUCUUAAGAAAACUAUGGGCCCUAUUAUUAAUGGGAAAAUUGCUUAAAUUUUUAAGAUAGUGUGCAAAAACAAGAUUGUAAACUAAGUGAUGGUGAAUGGAAAAAAUGACUGAUAAAUCAGUAUGUCUCUGUAUAACUCACUAGACCAGUGCUUCUCAAACUUCAAUGUGCAUUCAAUUCACCAAGUGUUUUGUUAAAAUACAGAUUCUGGUUCAGUAGAUAUGGAGUAGGGCAUGUCUGCAUUUUUAACAAGCUCCCAGAUGAUGCCUAUGCCACUGGUUCUUGGCUCACACUUCGAGUAGCAAGAAACUAGGCUAUAUUCUACAUAUAGAAAUACAUACAUUAUAUAUUCUAGAAUAUAUAGAAUAUGUUCUUUAUAUCAGCUUUCUUGGCGGUCUGACCAAUUGUCAAACUUGAACACUUAAAACUAAUUUUAAGAGAUUAGAUUAAUGAGGGCUUGUAGAGCCAAGUCACAUGAGGCUUUUCAUGUCUUCAGUAAAUAUUCUAAAAACACUUAUUUCCUAUUUACCCAUCUAACCUGUCUGCCUACCAACCUGCCUAUGUUCAAGGUACAGUUACACUUUAGAAAGCGCUAUAUGCAAUCAAAAGGAUAUCCAAAACAAGUAUGCAGAAAUAGUAUGAGGCUCUGAAAUUUCAUAUCUAGUAGCUAAUAGGGUGAUUUGCAUCAUUGAUUGAGGCUUACUCUCUAGUAGGCACUUUACCUGCCUUAUUCAUUUAAUAAGAUAGGAGCCCCAGGGACCUAAGAAGUUAGUUUCUUAUCCAAGGACAUACAACUCAGCUCUGGUUUAUUUCAUAGCUGACUCUCUUAUUCAUUAUGCUAACAUUGCUAUUUUGUUUGGUGACUAUGAUCUGAAAUGCAGAAGACUGAGGCUUUUAAUCUAUGGCUAAAGGCUUUGUAUUCCUCUAAAGACUUCAUGCAGCUUUGCUAUCAUUAUCAUUUUAUAAAGCUCCUAGGUGGUAAACAGGCCUGACUUUUUCAUUUUUUGGUUAACCUUUAUUAGCAGUGCAACUUCUCCUUGUGGCAUAACAAUCCAGGAUCUUGGGAAAAGGAUUAAUCAAGAAGGGAAAAUAUUUGAAAUGAUGCUGUAAGAUUGAGAUGAUGCUCUUUGGGAAAGUCAGUAGGAAAAUUUCACCUUACCCUCUGGUUCUUAAAAAAUGAGAGCUAGACAACAACAUCCGGUUUUCAGAGAAAUUAAAUCUGAAUUAUGUAUUUAAUUUCAUAAGAAGGAGUUAAACCAAACAGUAGCUCCUGUUGAUUUGCUCUACCAAGGAAGUGACAGGAAUUUCUACAGCCUCAUUUUGUAAAAGACAAACUGAAAUUAUAAACAUCUCGACAGAAAUGCUAAAUGCCUCCUUUCAUGUAGGAUCUGGCUAGUUAGAUUUUACCCAGUCUUCCAACAACUCAGAAUUGUUGGCGUUUUUCCAGACAACGUUGUGUCGUUUUCGGUUUGGUUUGAUCCUCCUUCUUUCGAUUAAAGAAAGCGAUUAAAGUGUUUAAUAAGCCUUGGAUUGACUUGGAGACUCGCAGAGCGGCCAGUUUCAUUGCCCUGCAGUUGGCUUUCCACGUUAAGGUGAAAUUCCGAUGUACGGAUACUGUGGUCGAAAACUCUGGAGGGAAGCCAAAAGAAAGCGAAGUUCCUGGUGCUAGCGCGAGUCCCGCUCAGAGAGCCGGCGCUAGCGCAUUCUUUGUGCAAUUAUUGGCUGGAACUGUGUGUGCCGCUGUCGUCCAAUGAAGACUCUGGAGAUCUGGCCCCGGCCAGUCCCCCUUUCGGCGCCCCGGGAUGAGGCAGAGACUGAACAGCCGGCGAGCAAAUCAGCGGCAUCCAGAAAGCCAUGUCCGACUCGGCGCCCAGCGCCCAAGCGCUAACCCGCUGAAAGUUUCUCCGCGAAAUAGCCGGGACAAUCUGGACCCCGCUGAGAGGAACUGCUUUUGUGUGAGAUGGUCCCAGAGGCCUGGAGGAGCGGACUGGUAAGCACCGGGAGAGUGGUGGGAGUUUUGCUUCUGCUUGGUGUCUUGCACAAGGCGUUCGCCGUCAUUCGCUAUGAGAUCUUGGAAGAAAGAGAGAAGGGUUUCGCAGUGGGCAACGUGGUCGCGGACCUGGGCUUGGAUCUCGGCAGCCUGUCAGCCCGCAGGCUCCGGGUGGUGCCACGAGCUAGCCGAAAAUUCUUUGAGGUGAACUGGGAGACCGGAGAGAUGUUCGUGAAUGACCGCCUGGAUCGGGAGGAGCUGUGUGGGACACUGCCCUCCUGCACUGUAACUCUGGAGUUGAUAGUAGAGAGACCGCUGGAGUUGUUCAGGGCGGAAGUGGUGAUCCAGGACAUCAACGACAACAAUCCCUCUUUCCCUACCCGGGAAAUGAAAUUGGAGAUUAGCGAGGCUGUGGCGCCGGGGACGCGCUUUCCUCUGGAGAGCGCGCACGAUCCCGACGUGGGAAGCAACUCUUUACAAACCUAUGAGCUGAGCCGAAAUGAGUACUUUGCGCUCCGUGUGCAGACACGGGAGGACAACACAAAGUACGCGGAGCUAGCGCUGGAGCGCGCCCUAGACCGGGAGCGAGAACCAAGUAUCCAGUUGGUGCUGACGGCUUUGGACGGAGGAACCCCAGCUCGCUCUGCUAGCCUUCCCAUUCGCAUCACUGUGCUGGACGCGAAUGACAAUGCCCCCGCCUUCAACCAGUCCUUGUACCGGGCGCGGGUACCGGAGGAUGCACACCCCGGCACUCUCGUGGUGCAAGUUCGUGCAACGGAUCUGGAUGAAGGCCCCAACGGAGACAUUAUUUACUCUUUCGGCAGCCACAACCGUGCCGGCGUGCAGGAACUAUUUGCCUUAGACCUUGUAACAGGGAUGCUGACAAUCAAGGGCCAACUGGACUUUGAAGACACGAAACUCCACGAGAUUUACAUCCAGGCCAAAGACAAAGGCGCCAAUCCCGAAGGAGCACAUUGCAAAGUUUUGGUAGAGGUUGUGGACGUGAACGACAAUGCCCCGGAGAUCACAGUCACCUCCGUGUACAGUCCAGUCCCCGAGGAUGCCCCUCUAGGGACUGUCAUCGCUUUGCUCAGUGUGACCGAUCUGGAUACUGGGGAGAACGGGUUGGUGACUUGCGAGGUUCCACCAGAUCUCCCGUUCAGCCUUACUUCUUCCCUCCAGAAUUACUUCACUUUGAAAACGAGCGCAGCCCUGGAUCGGGAGACCAUGCCAGAAUACAACCUCAGCAUCACUGCUAGAGACGCGGGAGCCCCUUCCCUGUCAGCCCUUACGACAGUGCGGGUCCAAGUAUCCGACAUCAACGACAAUCCUCCACAAUCUUCCCAAUCUUGCUACGACGUUUACGUUGAGGAAGAUAACCUCCCUGGGGUUCCCAUACUAAACCUAAGUGUUUGGGACCCCGACGCCCCACAGAAUGCUCGCCUUUCCUUCUUUCUCCUGGAGCAAGGAGCUGAAACCGGGCUCGUGGGUCGCUAUUUCACGAUAAAUCGUGAGAGUGGUGUCGUGUCAUCCUUGGUGCCCCUAGACUACGAGGAUCGACGGGAGUUCAAAUUAAUAGCUCAUAUCAGCGAUGGUGGCACCCCAAUCCUGACCACCAACAUCAGCGUGAACAUAUUUGUCACUGACCGCAAUGACAAUGCCCCCCAAGUCCUAUGCCCCUGGCCAGGAGGGAGCUCAGUGGUAAUGCUGCCUCGAGGUACCGCUGUGGGCCACAUAGUCACACGCGUGGUAGGCUGGGAUGCAGAUGCAGGGCACAAUGCCUGGCUUUCCUACAGCCUCUUGGGUGCCCCCAACCAGAGCCUUUUUGCUGUGGUGCUUCACACAGGCCAAAUCAGCACUGCCCGCCCAGUCCAGGACACAGAUUUGCCCAGGCAGACUCUAACAGUCUUGAUCACAGACAAUGGGGAGCCAUCGCUGUCCACCACUGCGACACUGACUGUGUCAAUAACAGAGGACUCUCCAGAGGCUCAGACCGAGUUCUCCUCUGGCUCUGACCCCCGGGAGCAGAAUAAAAACCUCACCUUUUAUCUACUUCUUGCUCUAAUCCUGGUCUCCGUGGGGUUCGCAGUCACGGUCCUGGGAGUCAUCAUAUUCAAAGUUUACAAGUGGAAGCAGUCCAGGGACCUAUACCGAGGCCCGGUGAGCUCCCUGUACAGAACACCAGGGCCCUCCAUGCACGCGGACGCCGUUCGGGGAGGCCUGAUACCGCCGCACCUCUACCAUCAGGUGUACCUCACCACGGACUCGCGCCGCAGUGACCCCCUGCUAAAGAAACCUAAUGCCUCCAGCCCACUGGCCAGCCGCCAGAACACGCUGCGGAGCUGCGAUCCUGUAUUCUAUAGGCAGGUGUUGGGUGCAGAGAGCGCCCCUCCCGGACAGCAAGCCCCACCCAACACGGAUUGGCGUUUCUCUCAGGCCCAGAGACCUGGCACCAGCGGCUCCCAAAAUGGCGAUGAAACCGGCACCUGGCCCAACAACCAGUUUGACACAGAGAUGCUUCAAGCCAUGAUCUUGGCCUCCGCCAGUGAAGCUGCUGAUGGGAGCUCCACCCUGGGAGGGGGCGCCGGCACCAUGGGCUUGAGUGCCCGAUAUGGGCCCCAGUUCACUCUGCAGCACGUGCCCGACUACCGCCAGAAUGUCUACAUCCCUGGCAGCAAUGCCACACUGACCAACGCAGCUGGCAAGCGGGAUGGCAAGGCUCCGGCAGGUGGCAAUGGCAACAAGAAGAAGUCGGGCAAAAAGGAGAAGAAGUAAUGUGGAGGCCAGGCCUGGAGCCACAGGGCAGCCUCCCUCCCCACCCGUCCAGCCUCUCCCUACCUGUACCCAGGCCUCAGAAUUUCAGGGCUACCCCCACGAUGCUGGUAGGGGCCAAGGCCAUGCUCCCCUUGGGAAAUAGAAAUAAGUGCCCAGUCAACAUCCCCCUCUCUGCCCCCAGGGGGUUGAAUAUGCAAAGGGAGUUCGGCUGAGAACUCCUAUCUAAUCAGUCGCUGUGCCCAAGGGGGUGGUGGGGUUAGUGUAGAAACCUAGAACCAUUUAUCACACCCCCUUUAGUUACAGCUGAACUCCUCCAUCUUCCAAAUUCAAUCAGUCCAUACAUCCCCUGCUUCCCUCCUCCCUACCCCACUCCACCCUACUUCUUCAACAGCUCCUCUCUUGAGUAAGAUGGUUGAGUUACUGAGGUACCAGGUGACCUAAAAAGGCUCAUAGUUCUGAAGAGCUGGAAGGGCAUUUUGACCUCUUGGCCUCUCCAACUCUCAAACUUCCCCCAAAGCAUGGUUUGGUGCCAGUUCUUCACCUCCUUCUAGAGCCUGAGACCAAGCUCAAGUUUUCGGGGACAUGGUCACCAUCCGCAUGGUACCGAUGUGUGCUGGAUUUAGGGAGGGCAUUUUGCUACUAAGCCUCUUCCCAACUCCCUGGGGACCAGUCUUUUGUUUUUCAUUGUUUGGUGUUCCCACUGCAUGCUGUGACCUCCCCACCCCUUCUCCAAACAAGAGACUCCAUUGCAUGUUCCAAGACAGUAUGGGGUAGUAAGAUGAAGAAGGAAAGGGUGUGUAUGUGGAUGGGGGAGAGGGGGAGGAAUGGACAAAGCUUGACCCAUCAGUUAACAAGGUCCUACAGGAGACUGUGUAUAUCCCCAGGGCACUGACCAGGUCCCCAGAUUCCACCAUAAACCAAGCACCAUGCUGGAACCCCACUCCCACAAAUAGGGCUCACCCCAGGCAGCAAACUUUGGGUUGAGCUACCAGGACCAAUGGAGUUAAACUGGCAUUACAGUCCAAGAAAGUUCUGAAUGAGUGCAGGACCAGGUCCCCUGGAGAGGUGAGGGGCCUCUGUGGGUGCUGGGUACUCCAGAGGUGCCGCUGGUGGAAGGGUCCAGUGGUGCCCCAGCAGGGAGGGGGUCCAGUUAGGUCAUUCUUGGUCUCUGGGUUGGGGAGACAAGGAGCAAGUGAACAGAAAAUCUCAGCCCAGAGUUGGGACUUCUCCACAGUGCCCCUGCACUCCCCAGGGUUCCUCACCUUGCCAGGUGCCAUUUCUUCUCUGUGAAGGCCCCUGUCCAGGCCCCCAGUCCACCCCCAAGUGGCCAGAGCCUGGUUAAAGCCCCCAGUGCCUCCUUGUGUAUAGACCUUCUUCUGCCCUCCCCCUUCUGGGUCCUGUUCAUCCAGCGGGGCUGCUAGAGAACCCCACCCUAGCCUUUACAAUAGUGUAGAGCCCCCUUCCUCUUCCGGCUGGUGUAGAAUAGCCAACAGUGUAGUGCGGUGUGCUUCUUACGUGAUGGCGAGCGGGCAGCGGGCGGCCGGCCCUGCGCAGCCGUCUGUCCUUGAACCUGCCUACCGCAGCCUGUGCUGUGUUUUGUGCUGUGUCCACGCGCUGCGGCGACCCCCUCCCCUGUACUGACUCCUUCUAUAAGCGCUUUCUUCGCAUAGUCACGUAGCUCCCCACCCCACCUCCUUCCUUUGUCUCCCGCCAAGUUUUAUACUCUAAUAUUUAUAUGGCUUUUUUUCCUUUAAAAAAAUAAUAAAAUGGUUUCUUCUGAAA